AUGGCCGGCACGACUGGAACGCAUACAACACCCUCCUACAACAUCGCCAUCAUCGGCUCAGGCCUCGGCGGCCUGUCCGCCGCCAUCGCCCUCCGCCGCGCCGGCCAUCGCGUUACCAUCUACGAGCGAUACGACUUUGGCGGAGAGGUCGGCGCGUCGCUGUCGCUCGCCUCCAACGGCUCGCGCUUCCUGCAAGAGUGGCAAGUCGACAUAGCCUCGGCCAGGCCCGUCGUCCUGCGGAACCUCAUCAUGCACGACUGGUCCUCGGGCGAGGUGUCCGCCCAGUAUCCGCUGGGAGACUAUCGUCAGCGGUUCGGCACCGACUACAACAACUUCCACCGCAUUGAUCUCCAUAAGCACCUAAAAGAGGUGGCGACGGCCGAGGCGGGCCAGGGCCCUCCGGCACAGCUCAAGGUCUGGCACAAAGCAGUCAGGCUAGACAGUCGUGAAGGAAGGAUAGCGUUCGACAACGGUGCCGAGGCUGUUCACGAUGUUGUCGUCUGCGCGGAUGGGAUUCGAAGCCAGAUGCGAGAGCAGCUCGGCAUCGUUCCUCGAGUCACGCCGUCCACCUCUUGUUGCUACCGGUGCAUCAUCAGCACCGCCAAGCUCCGCGAGCUGGGCCUGCAAGAGUUCGCCGACAACAGUGCCAUUGAGUUUUGGGGCGGUAACGGCAUCGACAAGAUCGUCAUGAGUCCAUGCUCCAACCACGAGGUCGUCAGCUGCUACUGCUUCUACCCGGCUCAAAAAAACAACCUCAAGGAGGACGGCUGGAAUAUCUCGUCCACGGGCGAGACCCUGGCGGCAACGUUCCCCGACCUGGACGAGAGGCUCCGGCUCCUAUUCCUCAACGCAGAUGACAUCAAGAUGUGGCGCCUUUACAAUCAUGAGCCCUACCCGUACUGGGUGAGCGGACGAUCCUGCCUCCUCGGAGACGCAGCCCAUCCCAUGAUGCCCGAUCAGUCUCAAGGUGCAUGCAUGGCUCUCGAAGACGCUGGAGCCCUCGGCAUCCUCUUCUCAGACGAGUACGCACAUCUGUCGAUACCUGAGAAGCUUCAGCUGUAUGAGCUGGAGCGCAAACCGCGAGCCACGCGAGUGCAAGAGAGCAGCCGAAGAGCCAGGACCGACAUCACAGAACGCAUCGGCUGGAGCAGCGCCAACGACCGGCCAGGCAAGCUGACCAUCGAAGAGGUAUGCGGGUACAAUAUGCAUUCUCACAUAGCCGAGCUGGUGAAGAGCUUCACGGACCCUUUGAGUAGAUCCGCGGUCAACAACGAGCAGCGGCCGUGAGUGUGCUUCGAUGUCUGUUGUUGCUGUUGGGGUGAUCUCACUACAUGUAGUGUAGUGGCAACCUCCGAGGUUUCAAUCAAUCCUGAUGCGAGUCGGCAUGAGUGAUAGCUUUCAUGAUAUGAUGAAACGAAAACAACAAUCUUCGCCGACACAAGUAUGCUGUCUUGACAAGCUAGAUCUCUGGAGAAUGUGCUUAGAAUACGGCGAGGCCAUGCAUCUCCUCGUACCGGAUCCGUGCCCAGUUGACAAUGGUGCCCGUGCCCUCGGUCUGAUCGCGCAUCCUCCAGACACGCUCCACCAGUGCUCGCGCGUUGUAGAUGUAUCCGAAGCCGCAGGUGCGCUCCAUGACGAGGAGGCGGUCCUGGAUGACGACGCGCUGCUCCAUCGUCCAGCAUGCGCCCCCGGCCAUGACCAGCGGAUACAUCAGGCACGGCUCCAGAGGGCUGCCGUAGCGGAUCUUCUGCACUGCGUCCAAGAUGCCCUCGACGUUUCUGACAACUCUGGCAUCGUUGAGAUCGUAGCCUUCCACAAUCUG